AUGUGUUAUAUAGUGUUAACGCUACGCCGGUAGUCGUAUUGGCGCGGCGCAGUGCAUAGCAGUGUAGCGACGACGACGGCGGCAGCUCAUACGCGUGCAUUUCGACCUGUGACCGUUACAUAUUCUAUUCUAUUAUAUCGUUUUGUGUAUAUUUUCUUACACGUCACGCGCGGCCACAACAAUCAUCGCAUUAUCGCUUAACAAUAAUAUCGCAUCGUUAUAAUAUAUCGUCACAGCGUUACGUCGCGGCCACGCAUUACAGCACUGCACCGGGGGACAGUCGACCGUCGCGUGUAGGUACGCGCACGCCAGCGCUACGGUUACGGAUACGGUACGUUGCUACUCGCGGCGCGCGCGAUAAACGUUUAAACGCACGCGAGCGCGCACCCGUGUCGUCGCGUCUUAACGGUCGCGUUAAUCGCCGCGGCGGCGCGACUAAAGCCAUACACCGUGACGGCGGCGCGCACAGCACCGGUAAAAUCCGAGAAAAAUAUUCGUAGUUAUCGUCCGGCGGUACAUCCGCGACGGUCUUACCGCGAUCGCGGUCGAUGCGCGUCACGUGAAAGCAGCGAGAAGUGCGUAUGCUGCUGCCGUUGCUGCUGUUGCUGCAGCCGCUCCGGCUUUUCGCCCGCCUACGAAGACGAUGCUGCUGGCCACCGACCGAUAACAGAGCUGGCCACACCGCGGGGGGCGCAUGGACUUGCAGCACCGACAACUGCGACACCGUCAGUCACCGUCAUCUGAUCGCCCUACAGAAUUACAUAAUCGGCUCUCUCAAAUGUUAUUGGAACCACAGCAGCAACACGGUGGUGUGGACGAGGGAGGCAACGAGCGGCAUCGUCGCCAUGGUCGGCACCAUCAUGACGAGCACAUGAGUGACGGCGGUGGUGGUGGUGACGAACAGCAGCAGCAGCAGCAGCAACAGCAACAAAUGCUGUUACUACAUCAACACCAUCUGAACCAGCAACACUUACAGCACCAACAACAUCAUCCGCAUCAGCAAGGCCAUCAGCCACAGUUGCUUCAACAGUUGUCACAACACCAACAGCAGCAGCAGCAACAGCACCAAGACAACGAACUGCAACAGCACCAACAAAUGCAGCAGCAACGCCAACAUGAACAGUUGGAUGGCCACCAUCAUCCACAUCACCAAUUACAUCACGACCAACAGUUGCACGAUCUCCACCACCAAAACCUACAGCAACACCAGCAAAAUCUUCAACAGCACCAGCAAAGUCUCCAACAACAGCAGCAACAGCAGCAACAGCAGUACGGGGAGGUGAACCAACUUGGCGGCGUGUUCGUCAACGGGAGGCCGUUACCUAACGCGGUUCGCGUGCGCAUCGUCGAAUUGGCACGAGUCGGCAUCCGGCCGUGCGACAUAAGCCGUCAGCUGCGCGUCUCACACGGUUGUGUGUCCAAGAUCCUGGCCAGGUACCACGAGACGGGCAGCGUGCUACCUGGGGCCAUCGGGGGCAGUAAGCCCCGGGUGACCACACCUAGGGUGGUGGCGUACAUUGGCCGGUUGAAACGCAAGGACCCGGGAGUGUUCGCAUGGGAGAUUCGGGACCGACUGCUCGCCGACGGCGUGUGUGACAAGUUCAACGUGCCCAGUGUGUCCAGCAUCAGCCGGAUACUGCGCAACAAGAUCGGAUCUGCGGGACCGACCCAAAGUGCGGUAUCUCAGCAGCCUGCGACCGCCAUGACCGGUGGUGGUGCUCUUUCGCCGACGACCGCUGCAGCGGCGCACCACAUGUAUGGACCGUACCAUCACCACCAUCAUCAUCACCCAUCUACGUCACCACCAGCCGUAGCCGCGGGCUAUCAGCUCCACCACCACCAACACAGCCAAUAUCACCACCAACACCACCAGCUCUACCACAACCAUCACUACCAACAGCACCAACACCUCUGUUCGCCACCACCGCCCCCACCUUCGUCGGGUCUACCAACCGUCGUGCCGCCAGUGGCAGGUGGCCCUACGUGCUGUUCGCCGACAGUACCGACCGUGGCCUCCAGGUCCCUGUCAUCACCGCCACCGGUGCCACCGCUUCAACCACCAGCACCUCCACCGCCGCCACCACAACACUGCUGGCCGAGUCCGCACGCCGUCACAGACAUACUCGCGGCAGCGGCCGCCGCCCAGCAACAGCACCAACACCACCAGCACUUGCACCCCUCGCACUCGCAUCACCUACACCCGUCACAACACCACCCAAACAGUCAUUUUGGUGUCGGCGGUGGAGGCGCUGGUGCCGGUAGCAGUGACACCGCCGCCGCCGCUGCCGCCGCUGCAGCUGCAGCAGCUGCAGCCGCGGCGGCCAACUACGACUCGACGGCCGGUGGCAGUGCAGCAGCCGCUGCGGCCGCCGCUGCAUACAACACGUACUGCAGCAGUUACUACCAUCACGCAAUGGUAUACGCGGCCACCGCGGCGGGAAGCAUCGCGGCCUCCGGCCGCCAUCCGUCACACCAUCUGAGCACGACGCCAACGUGCACAGCCGCCGCUGUGUGGCCCCACUCGAUAGCACCACCUCCGCAACCGUUGCCACCGCCGCAGUCACCGACGCCUUCACCGCCGGCAUCAGCAGAGGUGACCAACGCGUGACCAUUACCGUGGUGGUGAAUUCCCAGAGUGGAACACCGAACAGUGGAGAUGAUAUCAAUCAAUGAUAUCUUAAUUUUUUUUUUUAAUGGGGAACAAAAGACACUUGUCCGCGAUGACUGUUGUAUACGCAACUCCAACCUGUUAAUAAUGUUACACAAGUUAAAGACCACCAAACAAAAACUAAUUAUGUGUAUUAAUAUGGACACAUUUGUGUAAUUUCAUUCAUUUUAUCUUUCCGUAAUUUGCAUAAUUUUUGAACACACUAAUUUUUCUAACUAAAACUGAUCUUAUGAUUUAUUACGAUACAUCCUGUGUUGGUAUUUAGGUAUAUUAUACGAGUUUAUCCAGAACAGUCUUUGGCUGUGCAGGGUCCCUUGGGGCUUGGGCACACAUACUUUAGGACCCUUUUAAAAAAGAAAAACAAAUGCCAAAGAAAACAUCAAAAUGUCCAUUAGCUUGGGGAGGGGACUGGACGCGUGCCUCACGUGGCCUUAGGUAAAAGACGCUUACCUAUGAGUUUAUCACACGAUAAUAGUGUGUAAAUUCAUUAAUAACGACCACAUUUUAUUUUGUAUGUACGAUUCGAUUAUUGAGAAUAAGUGGUAGAAGAAAUGUAUGUAAAAUACCGCUCUUGCCGCCUAUUAUGAACAUAUGUAGGUACCUUAUAUACAUUGUAUUUAUCUGUACAUAUACUGCCAUUAUAUUAUUAUGUAUACAUAUAUGUUCAAUAUAUAUU